UGUUCAACUGUCGUACCCAAUGAUACAGUAUACACUGAACAAAAAUAUAAAUCAAUAUGUAAAGUGUUGGUCCCGUGUUUCAUGAGCUGAAUUAAAAGAUCCCUGAAAUGUUCCAAAAUGCUUUUCUAUCAAAUUUUGUGCACAUAGUUGUUAUAUCCGUUAGUGAGCAUUUCUCCUUUACAAAGAAAAUACAUCCAUCUGACAGUAGUGGCAUAUCAAGAAGCUAAUUAAACAACUUUAUCGUAACACAGGUGCACCUUUUGCUGGGGACAAUAAAAGGCCACUCUAAAUAUGUCACACAACACAAUGCCACAGAUACCUCAAGUCUUGAGGGAGUGUGCAACUGGCCUGCUGACUGCAGAAAUGUUCAAUUGAGCUUUUGCCAGAGAAUUGAAUGUUCAUUUCUCUACCAUAAGCUGCCUCCAACAUAGAUUUAGAGAAUUUGGCAGUAUGUCCAACAGGCCUCACAACCGCAGACCACAUGUUGCAAGGCCAGCCCAGGACCUCACCUGCGGGAUUGUCUGAGACCAGCUCAUUAAACUUUUUUGUUUGUUGCAAACCUUAGACUUUCUGCACAAACUGUUAGAAACCGUCUCAGGGAAUAUCAUCUGUGUUCUUCAUGAUGUAUAAUAGGCCUAUCUGUUCUGCUCUGAAGGUUCAUUGUCAGUGAAAUGUGUGUGGGUGUUAUUGUUGCUGUAGGUCCUCCAGUGAAGCAGGGGGCAGCGUUGCUCUUGGGCCUCUCGAUCACCAUAGCAACCUGCCAGGUCCAUGCCCUCCACUCGCUUGUGACAGUGCUUGGAACAUGGAUCAUCAUCAAGAGCAGCUGGCGAGCCUAUUUGUUUUCAGCACUUACUUCCAUGACUGAUUAACAACUUGUGUUCUCAAUGGCUGUCCCUUUGCAGCAGACAUAUGGACACUUUGGCGGUGGUGUCCAGUCCUACUUCAUGUUCCUGCGCUUCCUGGUGGUGCUCAACUUCCUGUCGUUUUUGCUGAUUUCUGGGUUCGUCCUCAUCUCCAGUAUCGUGUUCAGAUCCACCAGCACCAGUAACAUGACAGUGGACAGCACUGGUCUAGAGGAGUGUGAGGACUAUGAUCCAAAUCUUCAAGGUCUGGUGGUGUUUUACCAGUACUUCCUGGACUUACUCUCUGGAACGACGACACCGUUCUGUAUACAUCUGGCCCUUCUUUGGAUGCUGUGUGCUAACAAACCUCAAAACGAGCUUCAACGCCAUACAACACUCCUUCCGUGGCCUCCAACUGCUUUUAAAUGCUAAGUACAUGCUCUUCAACCGAUUGCUGCCCACACCCUCGCUCCCGACUAGCAUCACUACUCUGGACGGUUCAGACCUAGAAUAUUUGAAAUAUCCAAUAAAUGUCGUUCCACU